GCAAACCCUUCGUGUUUGUUGAGCUUUUGGGGGAGAGGGUUUAUAUUUCCUCGGAAUGGGGUGAGAGCUUCUAAAAUAAGCUCGAAACGGUUCUUUGUGAAAUCAGUGCCAACGCCAGAAAUACUCAUUUAUAAAACUUGAACAGUACUGGUUUGUUCCUUCACACCAUGACUAGUUCUGGCCAAGGCGGCGUCAAAGUACGCUACGACAAAGAAGUCUCGGCCAUCACCCACAACUUGAAGGAGCAGCGAGUCCUGGAGAAGUCCAUGCAGACCCUCCGGAUGGAGCAGACUUACUCGCUCAAACUGCUGGAGCUUGACCACAGGGUCAUCAAGGCUCGUCACAAGAAGCUAAAGGAGAAAGUGUCGCUGAUCAAGUCCCACCUCCCUCCUGAGGACAUCAACAAGUUCCGUGAGCUGGACUCACAAGGGAGAAUGAAGCCUCUCAUCGGCAGCAUGUCCUUAUCGAGUGCAAUCAAAAUCGCGGCAGCCUCCCGUCGUCUGAAUCUCAACAGUGGGCGUGUCUCUACGAGCAGACGAGAAAUGACGCAAAGUACUUUGCCACUGCCUACGAUAACGGUUCAAGACGAAAGCAGUCCUCGGCUACUGAAAAGCACAUCAACGGUCUCCAACAACACUAAACCACCGGCACGCCCAAUUCUCCGACGAAGCAAUUCCGUUACUGGAGUCUUCAUUGACGCUCCCACCAAAUCUACUCAACAAACGCGACCAGAGUCCGCCUUCGUGGCAACCACCACUGACCUGGGUUCUUCAAACAACAACAACGAUGGGGGCAGGCAGAGGAGGCAAGGGAUCCAAGAAAAUGUGGAAUUUUCUGCAGUAGCUGAAGCAAACAGGCCUUUGCAGGAUAACAACGAACCUAAAAGUAUUGCAAAGGAUAAUUUGUCCCCACGAGGCAGUUUAGUUGAGAAACAGCAAGACACUUCGUCGACUCGGCUGGGCUCCGCGCGUCCAAGAAGUCACUCUUUAUUCUCCAGCCACACUGCAGCGGAAAGAGAAGCCCGCGAUGAGAGCUUGAGUCCAGGUCGAGAUAAUAAUACCAGGAGGAUGUCUCACAUUUCAGUCAACUCCAUAGACAGUAACUUGGGCGAGAACCCAGCAGAAGAGCGGCGCCGGGAACUGUUGGAAGAGGAAGGCGUCCGGGCGGAGAUCCUGGCAAAGCGGACCAAGCUGUUCCUGCAGGAAGUGGAUGAGUACUUGGAGCAGCACCCUCCCCUCCAGCCCUCGCACUUCGCCUUUGAGCAGAUCCCAGCUGUGCCCGGCGGCAGCGACUCUCUCCAAAGACCAGGCACGGCGGACGAAGACGAAGGCACUGGCAUUGGCAGUCACCGAUUGAGAUUUUACCGGCGUCUCAAUAGGCCAGGCGAUUUUGAUGGCAGCCCAACGGCUAUGCCGGAGGAUAAAUACCGGCAGAAGCUUCUGUCUCUGUGGAAGGAUAUGAAUAAGUGUAGGUAUCUGAGGCUGCCGGAUGAUAAGCUGGACUUGUCUGGGAUCAACACGCUGGUCAAGGAUCAGCUUAAGUUGUUCCAGACUCUGAAGAACCAGGAGAUUUAAUACGGAACAUUCGUCAGGUGUGUGUGUGUGUGUGUGUGUGUGUGUGUGUGUGUGUGUGUGUGUGUGUGUGUGAGAGAGAGUGUGUGCGUGUGUAUAUACACUCGAAAUUGUGCAAGACAACCGACCAUUUGUCGUGGAGAACGUCUUGGACAGUGUCACUGUGAAUUUUUAAAACGCAAGGGCUGGGGGGUCGUUUGUACAGGUGAUUCUUUCAGACAAGUGACCGUCACUUGUCAUUAUAUUAUUGUACGAGGUACAGACAGGGACAUAACUGUCCUAAUGCAAGUGUGUCGUUGUGGAAAGCAGUAUUUCUCCGACUUGUGUUCACAGUUGCAUUCUGAAAAGCUUGCAUGUGUUAUGAACAUAAUAAAAGUUUGUCUAUUAUUUCCUAAAUAUUUGUGCCUGAGGGGAGUUUCUGUCUAGAAGUACACCAGACCCAUGCCCAAAUAUCCUACCGAGGCUCUCGUAGUCUAAAGGCACAGUGUUCACCUCUCAUUCAAUAGGUCCCGGGUU